AUGGGACAUUCAGUAAGCAGAGAUGAUUUUAUAUGGACACUAACAGAGCAACCACAUAUGAGCAGGAGGGAGGCUAUCGUCAAAAAGUAUCCAGAAGUUAAGCAGCUCUUUGGUGUUGACCCAUCACUGAAAUAUGUGGUAUCCAGUAUGGUCUUGUUUCAAAUUUUUAUGUGCUGGAUGUUACAAGAUGCCGAUUGGAUUUUAAUACUUCUAGAAGCCUAUUUUUGUGGAGGAAUCAUAAAUCAUGCGAUGACACUGGCAAUCCACGAUAUCUCCCAUAAUACUGCAUUCGGAAAUAAGCAUCCGCUGAAAAACCGAUUUUUUGGAAUGUGGGCGAAUCUUCCGAUUGCUGUUCCAAUUUCGAUAUCUUUUAAAAAGUACCAUGUGGAGCACCAUCGAUAUUUGGGAGAGGACGGUUUGGAUACAGAUGUUCCCACAGCGUUUGAAGCCAAAUUCUUCACUACAUCACCUAAAAAACUUCUCUGGCUGGCACUCCAACCAUUUUUCUAUGCAUUCCGUCCAUUGAUAAUCUACAAGAAGGCUCCAACUGAUAUGGAAAUUUUGAAUGCGGUUAUUCAGAUAUCCUUUGAUUUGGGAAUCCUCUACUUCUUUGGACUCAAAUCAUUGAUUUAUCUAUUCUUCGGAACAAUUAUCAGCAUGGGACUUCAUCCAAGUGCCGGACAUUUUAUCUCGGAACAUUAUGCUUUUAAAGAAGACCAAGAGACUUUCAGCUACUACGGUCUCUGGAAUCUGUGCACCUUCAAUGUUGGCUACCACGUGGAGCAUCAUGACUUCCCAUAUAUUCCGGGAAGAGAUCUCCCUAAAUUGAAAGCCUUGGCUCCGGAUUUUUAUGAUAACCUCCAUCAGCAUACGUCGAUGAUGGAUAUUCUGACAGAGUUUGUGAUGAAUCCAGCGAUGGGACCGUAUGCACGACUGAAGAGAAAACCUAGAGUGGACCAAGAAUUUUAUGGAAAUUAUCAGCUUUUUGAAUACGUCGAAGGGUUCCUUCAUCACAUCGGUGUCUAUCGACUCCAGAAGUUCGCGGGAAAUGUGUUCGAUCUCAAUAAUAAUGAAAAGAAACUGAAUUGA